GGUGCUGCCAACUCAUGCGCUGCGCCGCAACACCUACCGCAACGGCGGUAACGUAGGGUGAAGGACGAACACCAUUUGACAAAGCUCACGACAAUGGACCAUCAAAAUCGCGUAGGAUCAAAGACUGGUGGAGGAGGUGUCGCAUCAUGGUCAGAAAGCAACGUCGACAGAAGAGAACGACUACGAAAGCUUGCACUGGAAACAAUCGACCUCGAAAAGGAUCCAUACUAUUUCCGGAAUCACUUGGGGUCAUACGAAUGCAAACUCUGCCUAACCCUCCACGUAAACGACGGCUCCUACCUCGCCCACACCCAAGGCAAAAAACACCAAACAAACCUCGCCCGCCGCGCAGCACGAGACGCAAAACAAGGGGCAACAGACACCCAAACCGGCCUCCCCAUCGGCCUCUCCGGCGCCUCCGCCAUCCCCAUCCGCAAAAAUAUUCUAAAGAUCGGUAGGCCGGGGUAUAAGAUCACGAAACUCCGUGAUCCCGUAACGCGACAACUCGGAUUCCUCUUUCAGCUUCAGUACCCCGAUAUCGCGACCUCCGCCGCCGCGGAAGGUGAAACGGAAAUCAAACCACGACACCGCUUUAUGAGUGCGUAUGAACAGCAUCGCGAACCCGCUGAUCGGGGGUUUCAGUAUUUGCUGGUUGCGGCGGAGCCGUAUGAGACUGUAGCGUUUAAGUUGCAGAGUAGGGAAAUUGAUCGGAGUGAGGGGAAGUUUUGGACGUAUUGGGACCGGGAUGGGAAAGUUUAUUCAAUGCAGUUUUUCUUCAAGGGGGAGAGGGAGGAGAGGUUUUCGGGGGUGCCGGGGUUGGGUCCGUCAAGACGAUAAAGUGGAAUGGGAGUAAAGAAGGGAGGGGCGGGUUUCUGUGCACGGAUAUACCAGAAGACAAAGUGCAUGAACUAGCGAAAAGCAAAAUAAGAGACCGUAACCCAAUAUCCAUAUGUGAGAAGAGAAUGAAAGUAAAAACACCAAUGAACCCAAACCGUCC